UGCAGUUAUGUCCGUUGUGAUACAAAACCUAUACAAAUAUUUGCAGAGUGCGACAAAUGUGUAUAGGCUACAGUCUGGAAGGUGGGUUUGAGUUUGCGCUGCUACUGUACAUUACAGCCUGCAGCUCGUCUGUACGCGCUCACUGAGACUUUGCAGCAGCUGAGCGCAGAAUGAGCAAGUGGCACAGAUUGUUCCCUCGACAGAAUUAUUGAAGAGAGCAGGCUGUGGACGUUGAAUAACACUUAUUGUCAGGCUGACAAGAAGUCACUUUGUUUUACUGACUGUCAUAAACAGCUAAGAGUGAAGAGCUGUUGACUUAUGGAGCGCUGCGUGAGAGAAGACCAAACCUGAGUUUUUAUUUGCACCAUGUCAGCCAAUGAGAGCUCUGAUGCAGGCUGCAGGUCAGAUGUCAGACCCAGCAACAAUACCUGCCACCAAAAGGAAAUGUCUGUCACCGCCUCUGCCAUCUCCAUGACCGUGGGCAUCUUCUCCAACAGCCUCGCUCUCUUUAUUCUGGUCAAAUCCUAUAGCCGUGCCCGGAUCAGGUCCAGGGCAUCCUUUCUGCUUUUUGCCAGCAACUUGGUGGUCACAGACUUGUUGGGCCAUAUCAUCAAUGGCUCCCUGGUGAUUUUUGUAUACAGUUCUCACAGGAGGUGGGAGACGUUUGACCCUCACCGCAUCGUGUGCAGCCUUUUCGGGGUGUGCAUGGUGUUCUUUGGCCUGAGCCCCUUAUUCCUAGGGAGCGCCAUGGCAGUGGAGCGCUGCAUUGGAGUUACAAAGCCCAUCUUCCACUCCACAGUGUUGGCUCCCCGCCAUAUGAAAAGGCUGCUGGCUCUCACCUGUCUGCUUGCUGUUCUGGUGGCUGUGCUACCUGUGCUGCUGUGGAGGCCCUACAAGGUUCAGAGCUCCCAAAGUUUUUGCUUCUUCCAUAUGGAGGAACCCAAAGACUGGCUGGAUGUGUUCCUGGCUCUGCUUUUCUCUGUGCUGGGGCUACUGGCCCUGCUGCUGUCUAUUAUAUGUAAUACUGUGACAAGCUGUGCUCUGCUGCAGGGCAGGCUGCGGCACAAGCUUCGUAGCAGAGGCAGAUCCUAUCAUAUAGAGAUGAUCUGCCAGCUCCUGGCCAUCAUGUUGGUGUCCUGUGUGUGCUGGGGCCCAUUACUGAUCCAGGUCACCAUUUUGAGCGCCAGAAACAAAAAUGAGAAUGCAUCUUCCAGUCUGCUGAUGGUGGUACGUAUGGCCACGUGGAACCAGAUCCUGGACCCCUGGGUCUACAUCCUGCUCAGGAGGGCUGUUCUUCGGAAAAUUUUCAUGUUGUUCCAGUGCUGCUGGAGCUCAAAAUCUCACAGCCUACACCACUGGCAGUGUAGUAUGCUUCGCACCUCAGUGAAGACUAGUAACUCAGGAGCAUCAGUCCCGUCUGACGGCUGCUGCCAGGGCAGAUUCCCUCUGCCAGACACUGCAGUCAAAUCCAUCACCUGAGCCCUGGCUGAUCUCAGAACACCUGAAAACUGAGAAAAAAGGAAGAAGCUGUGAAGAUGUGAAGAACUUUGUUGUUCAUCAUGAAGAGUCUGCUUUCAUGUUACCUUUGCAAUUUCAUCAACAUAAAUUGGCAGUAUUGUGGUACAGUGUAAAAUGUGGGAUUAACUUUUUGAGCUGAACUUUGAGCAGUUAUUAAUGCUUCAACAUCUCUGAACAAAAUCUGUCUAAACUGUUCACAGUGGUCAGAGAAUAUGACAGUCACAGCUAGGUUGCUUUAAUCAUUCCUUUGUUUUGCCAUUUCAGUGGGAAAAGCUACUGUUUUUGGUCUUAACAGUGCUGAGAUUUCCAUGACAGUUACAGCCUGUGGCCUGUAAAUAGUUACUGAACCUGUCUGGUCCUUCUGUGAUUCUUUUUGUCCUGUUGUAUUAUUCAGUACACAGUAGUUCUGGUCAAAACAUAAUAUACCCCUGUGUCUUUUGACCUCACAUGUGAAAAAGGUGACAUUGAUUCAUGAUUAUUAUCUAAUCAAUUUACUAAUUCAGGCUACAUUUGAGACAUUUCUUUGGAUCAUAAUAUGAA